GCGGUUAGAGCAACGGGCGGGGGGGCGUGGCCGCGCGCGCCGGAGCGGGCGUCUGCGCAGGCGCGCCCCGUCUCUCCCUCGCUCCCCCUCCCUCCCUCGGCGGCGUUGCUUGUGCGACCGAAGGGGAGGGAAGAUGGCGGCCGGCGGCGGCGGGGGCAAGGCCUCUUCGUCCUCUUCGUCGUCGUCGUCCUCCUCGUCGUCGUCGUCGCCGGCCCUGCUGGAGGCGACGCUGGAGAGGAAGCUGCAGGGCCUGACCAACACCAUGGAGUCCAUCCAGGGCCUCUCGUCCUGGUGCCUGGAGAACAAGCGGCACCACAGCGCCAUCGUCCACCUCUGGAUGAAGGCCAUGAGGAGAGCUGCCUUUCCUCAUCGCCUGAACCUUUUUUACCUGGCCAACGAUGUCAUACAGAACUGCAAGCGGAAAAACGCCAUCGUGUUUCGUGACACUUUUGCGGACGUGCUCCCGGAAGCGGCCGCCUUGGUGAAGGAUGCUUCGGUUGCUAAAUCUAUAGAAAGGAUCUUUAAAAUCUGGGAAGACAGAAACGUAUAUCCAGAAGAAACAAUCACGUUACUAAAAGAAGCUUUAAGUUCCACUUUCAAAGCUCAGAAGCAGCCGAAAGAAUCUCAGAGCAAACAGCCAACUAAGUCAUGGAAGAAGUCUCAAACCUCUUCGAAUCCCAAAGCUGUUCUGAAGUCCAAGAUCGUCGCGGAAUUCCGACCGCAGUCCCUGGUCGACGAGCUGCUCCUGUACAAGCGUUCGGAAGACCAGAUCGAGCUGAAGGAGAAGCAGCUGGCCACCAUGCGGGUGGACGUCUGCAGCACCGAGACGCUGAAGUGCUUGAAAGACAAAACAGGGGGAAAGAAGUUUUCCAAAGAAUUUGAGGAAGCGAGCGCAAAGCUGGAAGAAUUUGUGAACAGCUUGGACAAGCAAGUGAAAAACUGCCCUUCCUUGACCGAAGUGCUGGAAAACGCAGGGAUAUUUUACGAAGCGCAGUACAAGGAAGUGAAGGUGGUUGCAAACGCUUACAAAACGUUUGCCAACAGAGUGAGCAAUCUCAAGAAGAAGCUGGAUCAGUUGAAGGCGACCCUCCCCGACCCGGAAGAGUCUCCGGUCCCGUCGCCGAGCAUGGAUGCUCCGUCCCCGACGGGUUCCGAGUCUCCCUUCCAAGGGAUGGGGGACGAGGACCACUCCCCGUCGCCCCAGGCAGAGAAGAAAAAGUCGCCUUCCCCAGAGCCUGCGACAGACAACCGUGACGUUGAGGACAUGGAGCUGUCCGAUGUGGAGGAGGAUUCCCCGAAGAUUAUUGUGGAAGAGAGAAAGGAGAAGCCGGCUACUCCGGUGCCAACGACCUCCAAAGUGACUGACAGCGUUCCUAAAGCAUCUCCGGCAGCCGUGGCACCAGCGGCAGGGGUGGUGGCGGUGGCAGCUGCCACGGCAAGCGCGGCAACUCUCGCUCCGGCGCCUGUCACCCCUCCGACGCCAAAGCCGGCCAACCCGGCUCCGCUCCCUCCGUCUCCGGCGCUUGCUCUGCCCAACCUCGCCAACGUGGACCUGGCGAAGAUCAGCUCCAUUCUGAGCAGCCUGACCUCCGUGAUGAAGAAUACAGGAGUCAGUCCUGCCUCAAGACCUUCUCCGGGAACCCCGACGAGUCCGACAGCGCUUGUGGGGGGCUUGAAAGCGUCGCUCGGGGGCACCCAGCCGGCCCCUGCUAACCCACUGGCAAAUAUCUUCUCCAAAGUGGAAAUAACCCCCGAGAGCAUUCUGUCGGUGCUCUCCAAGACCCAGACCCAGGCAACACCCACUCUGCAAGGCCUGUCUUCAUUCCUCCAGAGUGUUGCCGGGGGCAACACCACCCAGCCGAGCGAGAUGGCUUCUCAGAGCACCACGACAUCUCCCGCCGCCCCAGCCACCUCUUGCAUGAAAGGGAGACACGUUUCUUCCAACGCUCAGCCUUUCAUGUCGCAGGGCUUUGCCUAUUCGCCCAACUCCUCUUCUUCUGAGGUUUCUUCCACAUCUGUGAACAAGGCCCCCCUUGGGCACAGCACCGGGCUUCCCAGUUCCAGCUUCAAACCCCCUGCCAGCACCUUGGGCUUCGCCAGCUCCCAGGCCAGCAGCCCUUCCCUCCAGCCCGCAGAGAACCCACUGAGCCAGUCUUCCGAAAAUUCGGAGGCGAAAGCGGAGUCCGAGCCCACCUCUCCCAGCCUGGAAAUGAAGAUCCACAAUUUCCUCAAGGGCAACCCGGGCUUCAGCGGCCUGAACCUGAACAUCCCCAUUUUGAGCAGCUUGGGAUCCGCCGUGCCACCGGAGAGCCACUCUUCCUCCUCGGAUUUCAACCGGGGGCCCACGAGCACCUCGAUGGACAGCAUCGACGGGACUCCCGUCCGCGACGAGCGGAGCGGGACGCCCACCCAGGAUGAGAUGAUGGACAAGCCCUCGUCCAGCAACGUCGACACACUGUCCCUUCUGUCCAAGAUUAUAAGUCCCGGCUCUUCUACGCCCAGUAGCACAAGGUCACCUCUUCAGGGCAGAGAGGACAGCUACUCCCAGGAGCUGUCGAACUCCGUGUACAGGUCUUUUGGGAUGAGUAGGGAUUCUCCAGGCAGCACGUACAAGCAGUCCUCGGACAGUGUGGAAUUACCUUCCUCCUUGAUGGAUUCCCCGCAGGAGAAGUUCUACCCAGACACGUCCUUCCAGGAGGACGAAGACUACCGGGAUUUCGAUUAUUCCGGCCCUCCACCCUCUGCCUUGGUCAACUUAGAGAAGCAGCCGGCCAAAUCUAUCCUGAAAUCUGGCAAACACGCCGAUUCCGCAGAGUACCAACCCGUCCUGUCCGGGUACGGGCAAAGAGCCUCUGGAUUCGGCAUGAAGCCUUUUCCUCAGCCUCUGAGGUCUCUUCACGACCAGGGUGAAAGCUGUGAUCCGCUGUCCUCUCCUGGAAUGUACGGGAGUUACAAUUUGCGGGGCAGCGACUCCGGUUCGGACGCGUCCCCCACGCCCAGCAAGAACGACGUCUUUUUCAGCCCGGACUCCAAUCACAACAGCUUGUCCAAAUCGAUGCCACACUCCGGCCUGUCGCAGAAACAGUAUCCGGAUUCUCCACAUUUGGGUCAGCAAAGGUCAUCCCUCUUCUCUCCGCAGAACGCGCUCUUGAGCCCGGCUAGCAGACCCCCGACAUCCAGUGCGGAUAAAGCCGCCGCCGUGCCUUCCAUCUCUGCCACUUCGACCAUCGAGUUCAAGAACAUGCUUAAAAACGCGUCCCGGAAGCCCUCGGAGGAGAACAAGCUUUUCGGCCAGGGCUCGAAGGGGGGAUCUGGGGAUGGCUCCGGUCUCGGCCAGGCGGCCAUUUCUGCAGGAGAGCAGCAGCAGCAGCAGCAAGAGGAACACUACCGGAUCGAGACCAGGGUCUCGUCCUCGUGUUUAGAUUUGCCUGACAGCACAGAAGAGAAAGGCGCCCCCAUCGAAACCUUAGGCUACCACAACGCAUCGAGCAGGGGGAUCUCCGGGGAGCCCAUUCAGACGGUAGAGUCCAUCCGAGCUCUGGGAAAAGCAGGCAGAGGACACGGGCGCGAAAGCCCGGCAGGAGCGAGGAGUGGUUUUGAAGCUGAGCAACACGCGAAGGAAAACUCCUUCGACAAAGGGACGUCCGGCGCCACAGAGAUGCCCGCCGUAGGAAUUACCCGGCCCGUGAAGAGGGGGUCUGGCUUCCAGGCCCAGUACAAAGACCGGGGGGCGCCGUUUCCAGAGAACAUCAACAGCUUCAGAACCAACAACUUCAGCGCGUCCUUUGAUCGCCACGUGCCGCCACCGCUCGGGCCACCUCCCAUAGAUCACGGGACUUCCUUCCCGAGGGACCAGCUGGGGCCGCCUCCUGCCGGGCCUCAGUCUCUGCCGCCGAAGGAUCUCAGCAGCCUCUUCCCCAGGGAUCACUCGGUCCCUCCUCCACGCAUGCCAUCAGUGGAUCGCGCUAGCCCUUUCUCGAAAGAUACGCCAUCCCCGCUCGCUUUGCCUUGUGGCGUUCCCCCGCCCCCACGCCCUUCCUUAGAAUGCGGGGGAGUCCCGUUUCCUAACCAGCCGCCCCCUCCUCUCCCCGGGGAGCGCCCCAGCGUCCCCUUCUCCACCCCCCCGCCCCCUCCUGGGGACCUCGGCCUCCCGUUUCCUGCUCCCCCCCUCGCCGCGGAACACGGGGUCCCGUUUGCCAAGGAUCUGAGCGCUGUCCACCAAGGAACAAUGAAAGAGCAUUUUAACAUGCAGUCCGGGGCGCUCCGGGACCAAGCGGCCCAGCCUCAGCGCGACCACGGUGGCCCGCCCCUUGGUCGAGCGCGAGAGAACAUAGGCCUGUCUGCUCUCGCAAGAGAUCCUCUGGGUCCAGCCCUUCAUGUCGGAUCCUCUGUCCUGUCUCACAGAGACACCACAAACCGAGGCGGGCUGGGCCUUAGGAACCCGCGGCCAGACUUUAGACCCAGGGAGUCGUUCUUAAAUAGAGACCCCUUUAACAGCUUAAAAAGGCCUCGGCCUCCGUUUGCCAGGGGCCCUCCAUUUUGCACCAAAACGCCCCUUCUUCCCUCCCAGGUACUGAAUGAAGGUAUUCCGGAACUUUCUAGAGAGCAGUGGAAGUAGCCCUUUUCCCUUUCAUUUCAUAUUUCCCCCCUCCCUUCCCCCCAAAGGGCCCCACAACUUUUUUGGUUCUGAAUUAAGGUAUGUUCUGUGCUACAACAUAUAUCUACCUAUAUAUAAAUAUAUAUAUAGUUCUGUUGGUUUCUUGCGGGGGGUGGGGGGGGUGGGGAGGGCUAGUUGUUGCUCUAAAAUCUAGGGGGUGCUGCAAAAUAAUUUAAGAACUAAUCUUACAAUUGUUGUUGACAUAAUAAAAGAAACCUGUUGGUAGCUACGAAUAAUUAAUCAACCAUGGGAGUUUUUUAGCCAGUCCAAUCCCACAUCGGAGUUUCCCCAGGAGAGAGGCAGGGACCGUGGAGGAAUCUCGCGCGGACAGGUGAAGGAAGAUCCCAGGUCUAAGGUAGGGGUGACCGACCUAUGGCGCUCCAGAUGUUCAUAGACUACAAUUCCCAUCAGCCUGGCAGGGCCUGAUGGGAACUGUAGUCCAUGAACAUCUGGAGCUCCACAGGUUGACUAUCCCUGAUCUAAGGAUUCAGAGCCUCCCGUUUUCCUGGCAACAGCCCCCCUUUUCCAAGUCUGCCUUGUUCCCGGGCGCUUGUCCCUUCCUUUCGUUGGCGUGUGCUUAUUUUCCUCCUUGGUCUUCUCUGGGGCCUGUUGGAGUCUUCUGACGUCGGCUCCAACUGUAGAAGAAAAAGCGGGAAGGGUGCCCACUUUUGCACGCUAAUUCUGACCUCUUUAUGCAACCCUGUCGUUUCUUAAAGUUCUCCCGCAUCGUUUGGCUAGAGAGUAACUUGGCUUUGACGCUAGCCUGUCACCUGCUGGCACUCUGCAGGUAGACCGGCUGUCCGGUCAGCCGCUCGCAGGUGGAACGUCGGAGAGCGGGGGAGUCUGUUUUUCACCCUUUUUGGCUGCCGCUGCUGGGCUUGUAGCUGGCUGAGGCUUGAAAGGGGCAGGGCAGGGCGGUGCGGCGUGUUUCUUCAUUCCUCUCUUUCCCUCGUUGCUCCUUGAUUCUAGCCAAUGGGUUUCUUUUCUGUCCUCUUGCAGAGGCGGGCUGGCAGGCCUGGAUUUGGCCCCUGACCUGCCAGUCAUAAUUCUAAACGAGAGUCCCCGACUAAGCUUGUUCUGGUAGAGGUCUGUUCCCUGCGAUUCUGCCCGCUUUCUAAAAAGGAAGUUUGCGAGAAGCACCCUUCGGUCUCGCCUGGCCAAACGUGCCUUUAGGUCAGGGUUGUGGGCUAGCACACCUGUCUUGGCUUGGUCCUUUUGCAUCUUCCACAAGACCCAAAUGGCGGAGCCGAGCGGCAUCUCUUCACCAGACCGCUCUGGCGCCAGCAUGCGCACUCUGCUGCUUUUCUUUGUAUUGCAACCUAAGCUGCUGGCAGGUUAAGAAUGGCACCAAACAUAUUUCUCCCACCCCUCCACCCCAUCCCAUUCCCUUCUCUGUUCAGCACCAUAGACUACUUCUGUUAGAAAAUUAAGGUUUGGUUAAUUAGUUAAUUUUUAAAAAUCUCGAAGGCAACGGGGAAGUUGCAUCCUGUCCUGCCAUUUAUUUGUUUGGAAGAGUAAUACCCCUUAGAUGGUGUAUACGCAUUCACGUUCCUUUUUUGGUGGUACAGAGGAUGUACCAUUUAUAGGCUGAGCGAAUCUCAAAAGUUCUUGGUUGACAAGUGUGCCUAAUUAACCUUUCCCCACAUUUCCAGAAGAUGCAAUAUUAGAUCACCGAGGCUAAAAAAAAAAUCCCAUUCAAAUGUAGGAGAGCAUCUUGACGCUACAUCCCGUCCAUUGGGCAUCCCGUGCCCCGUAGCUUACAGUUCCAUCCUGGGUCGAAGUGAGCGACAAACCGAACCCAAAGUUGUACUUGGGUGGAGACAAGGAAAUAAAGCUCGGGGGGUGAUGGGAAAUUUGCACCGCAGUGCAAGGAAGACAGUUUGCUGACUUAAAGAUUCACCACAAGUGGGCCUUGUUCUGAGCUCUCCCCAGGUUGCCGGGGAAUUGCUGCUCUGGGGAGGUUUAAGAGCACAGCAGCCUUGCCUAAAUUUAAAAAAUGGGGUGCGGGGGGGCGGCGUCCAAGGGAGCAGCAGAAACAGUCCGAGCUCGGGCUGCUUCGUCCAAAUCGUGACACACACACACCCUUUGCUCAAGAGCAAACACACUUGUUCCCUUGGUGCCGGGUUCACCAGCUGGGGGAAGGGGGGGGGCUAGUUUGUGGUUGCCCUGUAUUUUUUUUCUAAAGUACAUGACUUUUCCUAAACUACACGACUUAACAGUUCAUCUCACAAAUUGGAGGGGGCUGGGUUGGAAGGAAAAAGUUUAGACCACAGUGUUUGGGUCACCGAGGGCGUGAUCUGGCUACUCGACCAGGGGAGUUCCUAGUUGCCGUGCCGGGGUGGGGGGUGGGGUCUUCAGAGCUUUGGCACAAGACAGCCAAGCAGCCGAUUGUGCCCCAAGUAAGCAUUACCUUAAUAAAAAUAAAAAUACGACCUGUUUCUAAGACAGUUUUCAGAACGCAAAAGUUUUUGGGUUCUCUACCCCCCACCCCUCCCCAAUAGAAUGCGAAUUUUUUUUAAAUUCCUUCUUUCUCUUGGUGGGCAGUUUCAGUCACUUGAGGGGGGAAAGCAAUUGUUGAAAUUGCCCAAGAGCGGCUUCUCUGAGGGUUUCCCCCUUUGGGCAUCUCGCAGGAAAAACAGACUGACUAGAAACUUCCUUGUUUAAAAAAAGGCAGCAUAUUUUAACGGCGAAGCUCCCUGACUCUUUUUUAACUCCGGAUUUUGUGCUUUUACUUUAACAGUCCUGACAAGAGCUGCUGGCGAUGUUGUACAUAAUGUGUAAAAAGGUUGCUAGACAGGAGUCUUUCUUUUCUGUCUUGGGUUUUUGCCUUCCCUUGGCUCUGCUGUUACUUUUUUUGUACUUCACCUGACGAGGGAAAAAAAUAAAACACAUAUUUUUUAAGGAAAGCGCUAGUCUGUCUCAUGAAAGGACAGAAUUUCCCCAGAGGGACGGAAGCUGCAGUUUGCUUCUCGGCUUCUCUGAGAACGCCCAGGUGUGGUCAGAAGGGAUCCCGCUUCAAACGGAAGGUGGGCGGCUUUGCCAGGCAGAUCAGAGUUUACCUUCCAUAGCAGCUCCCACUAACGGUGCAUCUUGGCCAUUAUAGGGAGAAGGUUAAGUUGGUUGCAGGGGGGAACGUUUGGGGGGGUGCUUGCCACUCUGGGUUCCGCUGGCACAGAUUCUGGGCCUGCCGAAUGGCCCGGCGCUGACCUAGCUUCCCCCUUGACAUGAGCGGUUGUGUUAAGAAGGCAACGGUUCCAAAGCCGGGGGGGGCAGCGGUGGCAGUGGGGAGGGCUGUUUUGAAAAGCUGUAAAUAAUUGGUGUGCUUUUUUUUGUGCCUGUUCAAAAUACUCCCAGUUGGGUCUUUGUUGGCUUGAUGGUCUUGAGUGUUUUCACAGGGGAAGGAGGGAUUGGGAGACGUUAUAAAGGUGGCGGCUCGGCAAAAGCUGCCGGCGGUCUCUGGACUGUAACAGUAUGUUUAAUAAAACAACUAAUUGGAGUAUUUGCAUAUCCUUCUUGUAAAUACGCCCUCUCUUAAGUGUGCGGCAGGUCUAAGGUCACAGCCGGAGCGCAGGGCCUGGUGCUCCUCCCGCGCUUCGCAAUAUAAAAGCAUCGCUUGGGCAGUUCUGCAGAAGGGAAGGACGCCAAGGGGCUUAUCCCAGAGGGAGCCGGCGGAUGCGAGAAUUGAGAUGCCCGCUGCGGAGACGCACCCCUGCCCUGCAACGUGACUGUUCCUCUUAACGUUGCACAAUCUGUACGUGGGGUCCGGGAGCAGUGCCCGGUCCGGGAGCAGCGCCCAAGAUGCAAGCGAAGCGACGGGUUUUUGGGGCGAUCCUCCCAGCCCGCCCUCCUCUCUUUCCCCCACCUUAUUUUUUUGUAUUGUAUGCUAAUAAAGUGUUCUUGACUUGG